CGGAAAACCAAUGAAGCAUGAUCCGCACCUUUUGAUGACGUCAAAAAAUUUGCGCACGACCCAAAGCGGAAGUUGGUAAUUGAUCUGAAGUCUCGGACAAGAGAUAAACACUUCUUAUAUUUGCCGUGAAUUUUCACCAGUGUUUGAAGACACAUCAUGUCGGACGCUCCCCCACCAUAUCCUGGAAACCAGACGAAGGGACCAGAGCCACAGUACCCCCCUCCUGGUGGCCAGCCUCCAAUGCAAGGAUAUGGCCAACCCUAUGGGCAGCCAGGAGGGUACCCUCAACAGCCAUAUGGACAACCAGCUUAUGGACAGUACCCAGGCUAUGGGCAGCCCGCACCAGCACAGUAUGGGCAGACCACAGUAGUAGUGGCUCAGCCCACUGUAGCCAUGGUACAACAGUUCCGAGAGAGCCCAGUGCACACUAAAUGUCCCCACUGUCAAGCAGAGAUUGUCACCGCCACUUCUUACGAGACUGGGACAUUUGCUUGGAUCAUCUGCCUGGUGUUGUGCUUUGUUGGAUGCUGGCCGUGCUGUCUGAUUCCGUUCUGCGUAGACGGCUGUAAGGAUGUGGUCCACUCUUGCGCCAACUGUCACCAGACCAUCGGACGUUACAACAGAAUGUAGACCAAAGAGAGGAAGUGGGGACCAGUUUAGAGGACGAUCAGUUCAAGAAAUGAACAGUGGCACUGUUUAUAAACACCAUUGGUCUUUGAUUCUAAAUUUCAAAUGAUAACUAAUUUGAUUUUUUUGAAGCUGUUGAGAUUAACCUGUAGGUACAUGUGCUAUGAAAGAUAACCAAACUGAUUUUUUAUCAACAUUAUUGAAUAUCUCAUCAUGUACAUUAAAUUACAUUUUUGUAAUACCCUUAAUUGUUAAAUUGUAGUAUACAUAAUUGUCCUUUGUUGUGCAUUUUUUAUUGUAAUAUUCUAACUACUUGCCUUUAAGAAUCUCUGCUCAUCUUUCAUCAAGUGGUGUACAUCUAAAAGCAAAUUCUUUUAAAUCUCAAAGUAAAUUGAUUUUAAAUAUUGGAUUUUAAAUAAUUUCUUUUACCGUUCUAAAAUCAUUUUUCAUAUUUGAUUUGAUUAAAAAUAAAAAAGUAACUUUGUACAUAAAUCACCAUCUGAAUCUGUUAGAUUGUAUUUUAAAUCUGUAAGUGUUGUGGUUAAAAUGCACGUUUUGUAAAGAUUGUGAAAUUGGGCAUUAGUUUUAAUGUUGGAGGUGCAAUGAAUUUUGCUGUGAUGUAUUUUAUUUUUGAGAGAAAUGCCCGAUUUAUUUGCUUACACACAUAUAAAACACAUGUGCACUAGUUUAAUUGAUAUAUGAUAACACUGGUAAACGCUUUGCUUUUCUAAAAAAAAAAAAGAGGAAAACUUUUUAUAUGUUUAAAUUUAUGAUUUUUUAUAAUGUUUUAUUUGUUUAAACAAGACAAUUGAUUAGUACACUAGGAUAUAUUCUCUGUAUUUAAAGUCAUUUCUCAAAUAAACCCUUUAGUAUCGACUUAAAA